CCGGCACUCCCGCUCAGCCUGCCCUGCCCGCAGUGGCCGCGAUGGAGCCUCUGUUCCUGGCCUCCCCGCUGACCGUCUGGAACACCUCCUCGGCGGUACCCAGCGGCAGCGGCGAUGAGAACGGGACGCUGGCGGGGCCGGGGCCCUCACCAGGCGCCCGGGCGGUGGUGGUACCGGUGCUCUACCUGUUGGUGUGCGCGGUGGGGCUCGGCGGCAAUGCGCUGGUCAUCUAUGUGGUCCUGCGCCACGCCAAGAUGAAGACGGUCACCAACAUCUACAUCCUCAACCUGGCCGUGGCUGACGUGCUGCUCAUGCUGGGGCUGCCCUUCGUGGCCACGCAAAACGCCAUCUCCUACUGGCCCUUCGGCCCCGUGCUGUGCCGCCUGGUCAUGACGCUGGACGGCAUCAACCAGUUCACCAGCAUCUUCUGCCUGACGGUCAUGAGCGUGGAUCGCUACCUGGCCGUGGUCCACCCCAUCCGCUCCGCCCGCUGGCGCCGCCCCCGGGUGGCCAAGCUGGCCAGUGCUGCAGUCUGGGCCUUCUCGCUGGUCAUGUCGCUGCCGCUGGUGGUGUUUGCCGACAUCCAGGAGGGCUGGAACACCUGCAACCUCAGCUGGCCGGAGCCCGUGGGGCUGUGGGGGGCCGUGUUCAUCAUCUACACGUCCGUGCUGGGCUUCUUCGGGCCGCUGCUGGUCAUCUGCCUGUGCUACGUGCUCAUCGUGGUGAAGCUGAAGGCGUCCGGCGUGCGCGUGGGCUCCACGCGGCGGCGCUCGGAGCGGAAGGUGACCCGCAUGGUGGUGGUGGUGGUGCUGGUGUUUGCGGGCUGCUGGCUGCCCUUCUUCAUCGUCAACAUCGUCAACCUGGCCUUUGCGCUGCCCGAGGAGCCCGCCUCUGCCGGCGCCUACUUCUUCGUGGUUGUGCUGUCCUAUGCCAACAGCUGUGCCAACCCCCUGCUCUAUGGCUUCCUCUCCGACAACUUCCGCCAGAGCUUCCGGAAGGUUCUGUGCCUCCGCAAAGGCUACGGUGCCGGCGCCGAGGAUGCGGAUGCCACGGAGCCACGGCCGGGCCCUAGCAGCCGGCUGCAGGAGGCCACGAUACCCAUGCGCAGCUGCAAGGCCAACGGGCUCAUGCAGACCAGCAAACUGUGA